AGCCGUUUUGGCUUCCGGGUGCCACACCGCAGUGCCAGGAACCAGGGAGGAGCGGCCCUUGCCCACAGCAGCGAUGGGGCGCGUGCGCACCAAGACCGUGAAGAAGGCGGCUCGCGUGAUCGUUGAGAAGUACUUCCCCAAGCUCACGCUGGACUUUCAGGUGAACAAGAAGAUCGCGGAGGAGGUUGCGACGAUCCCGUCGAAGCGCUUGCGCAACAAGAUUGCUGGCUUCACUACGCACCUGAUGAAGAGGAUCCAGCGCGGUCCAGUGCGCGGCAUCUCCUUGAAACUGCAGGAGGAGGAGCGCGAACGGCGCAUGGAGUACGUGCCGGACCGGUCCGAGGUGGACAUUGAGAACAUCCAGGUGGAUCCGGACACGCGCGACAUGCUCAAGGAGCUCGACAUGGACAAGCUGCCCAACAUCACCACUGGCUCCCUGGGCCUCGGGCGGGCGAUGGGCCGGCGCUGAGCGCCGAGCGAGCGCGCCUCUCCCACGCUGUGCCAAAAGGGUGGGGGGUGUGAAGGCCGGGCGGCGAGGAGUAUGCACUUGCACCGAUCCUGGCCCCCAGGACGGCGUUGAGCGCCGCGCGAGCGCGCCUCUCCCACGCUGUGCCAAAAG